UUCAACGAGCGACGUCACUUCCCGGAAUGAUGGAAGAAACGCUGGCUGUAGCAGAGAUGAUCUGUUCAUCUUAUUUUCUAGCAGAGAGCAGAAGUGCGCGUGAUUACAGAGCCUUAUGUCCCCAGUAGUGGGUUAAAAUAGCUUAUGCUGUGCUAAAGGGGUUUAUACAGCAGCAGUAAAACGACAGUGAGGAUUCACCAUGGCCGGCCCCUCCACAACUCCCCGGAAACGGCAGGUGCGUUUCUCCGCCCGUCAUGACAUCCUGCUGUUGCGGGAGGUCAUCGCCCAGAACCCCUUCACCUCCAAAGAGUCGGGCCGCAUCUGGGCCAGAGUGGGAGAGAUCAUCACUGCCGCCCUGCAGGACGAGAACUUUGAGGUGGACGGCCGGAGAUGCAGGGAGAGAACCAUGCUGCUGCUCGACUACUAUAAAAAACAGGACUUUCCCAGCCUGCGCAGGUUCGGCACAGAGAGGCUGUACGCUCAGAAGGAGGAUCUGCUACACGAGGUUCUGGAGCUUGAGGCCGAGAAGAACCUGAUAGCCAGUGGUGAGGGGAAAUACCAGGAUGAAGAGCUGAAGAAGAGAGCGCUGGAAGAACUUGCACUGCCCGAGCCUGACAAACCCACCAUGCUACCAGUCACGACAGCGCCAACUACGGUAUCCGGGACGCUGGAGCCAGACGAGCAGGAGGACCUGGCUGAGUUGGCCGCGCCCACGGCCAAGCGUCCGUGCCAGUGCUGCUGCCAGACCUACUCCGAGAUCCUGAGCUUUCUGGAGAAGCGCUCAGAGGCUGAGCAGCGGCUCCGUGAGGAAGAGGUGGCGCUCCGCAGGGAGGAGCUGGAGAUCCAGAGGAGUAAAAUCGCUCUGGAGCGGGAGCGGCUCGGAGCCGAGAGGAAGGAACGGGAGCGGCGGUUUGAGCUGGAGAGCCAGGAAAGGCAGGUCAUCCUCGACCUGCUGAAAGAGAAGGUCCUCAAGAGCGAGAAAAACUCAGAAAGCUGACUCCUCCUGUCAGCUGGUAGCACUCUGUCCACAGAAACUAGCCGAGAGCGUCAGUGAUUUGGACUACAAUGCGAAAUGCUGACACAGUUAUGUCACUUUGUAACAUUUUUCUCCCAGAGACUGUCUUGUAUUGUCAGGCAAUUUGGAAAACUGACUUGUCAACUGGUAACAUUCUUUCUCACAGACUGUCAUAGAUUGUGAGUGAGAUGGACUCGUAAUACUGACGGACUGAGCCAGUUUGUAACAGUUCUGUUCUACAGUGGGAGUGAUUUGAACACUGACUUGUUUCGUCAGCUGGUAACAUCUUACCCCCAGAGACUGUCCUACGCUGUUGAUGAACUCAGCAUGCCUAUCAGCUGGUAACAUGGUUUUGUUCUCCUUCUCAUAGCAAGACUUACUUAGUGGGCAGUGCACAAUGGCUAACGCUGCGUUUACAUUAUUCAACAAUGCACCGCAACACAUUCACUUACUAUGGGAAGCACCAAAUUUGGGGGUGCAAUAUGUUAAGAAAGUCGAACCGUGCAGAAUUUUGUGCAAAUGAAUCUAUUCAAUGUGAUGUGUUCACCCAAUUAGAAGGAAUGUGGACUGUGCAUGAUUCAUGUCUGUAGCUCGAUAUAACAUUCUUUCAUUCACCAAUAUACUAUAUGGACAAGUAUUGGGACACCUACACAUUACACCUACAGGAGCUUUAAUGAUAUCCCAUUCUAAAUCCAU